AUGGAUUUUGAUUCGGAUCCAACAUCACUCUACAGUGUGAAGGGAAUCGUUAUCUUGGAUCAAGAUGGAAAUCGUGUUGUGAAUAAGUAUUAUGACAAGCAGACCUUCCCAACCCAAAAGGAACAGCGCGCUUUCGAGACGAGCUUAUUUAAAAAAUCUCAACGCAAUUCUGGAUGUGAAAUUAUUCUGCUUGAUGGGAUCACAUGUCUCUAUCGUUUCAAUGUUGACCUUUACUUUUAUGUUCUGGGAGCUGCUAGAGAAAACGAAUUGGUCCUCGAGAGCGUUUUGAAUGGCCUUUAUGAUUCGGUUUCGACUGUUCUUCGCAAAAACGUGGAAAAGAAGACUCUUAUCGAUGCAAUGGACACAACGAUUUUGAUAAUCGAUGAGCUUUGUGAUGACGGCAUAAUUAUGGAAACGGAUCCACAAACGAUUGUGUCACGUUGCGCACUUAGAGGAGAAGAUGUGUCUUUUGUUUCUGAUCAAUCUCUUGGCCAGAUUGGCUCAAAUAUUGUUGGUGCGAUGAAAGAUCAACUGAAAUGGUCGCUUUUGAAA